UAGUGGCAGCAGCAGCAGCAACAUCUAACCCAAAGGAGCCUUGUAUUGCCACCUCGACCAGCAAAAAGCCGCCAAAAUGCUUCCGUUCCGGCGUGGAGCGGCCUGGCAAACGCUCUUCCUGCUCUGCGCUCUCGCCUAUUGCAUAAAUGAGGCCAGCAGCGAGGGACGCGUGGUCUGCUAUUACACAAACUGGAGCGUCUAUCGCCCGGGCACGGCAAAAUUCAAUCCGCAGAAUAUCAAUCCCUAUCUGUGUACACAUUUGGUGUACGCUUUCGGUGGAUUCACCAAGGACAACCAGAUGAAGCCCUUUGACAAGUACCAGGACAUUGAGCAGGGUGGCUAUGCCAAGUUCACCGGACUCAAAACGUACAACAAGCAGCUAAAGACCAUGAUUGCCAUUGGCGGCUGGAACGAGGCCAGCUCUAGGUUCUCCCCACUGGUGGCCAGUGGUGACCGUCGACAGCAGUUCAUCAAGAAUAUUCUAAAGUUUCUGCGACAGAAUCACUUUGAUGGCAUCGACCUCGACUGGGAGUAUCCGGCGCACAGGGAGGGCGGUAAGUCCCGGGAUCGGGACAACUACGCCCAGUUUGUGCAGGAACUGAGGGCCGAAUUCGAGAGAGAGGCGGAGAAAACGGGACGAACGCGCCUGCUCCUGACCAUGGCCGUGCCAGCGGGCAUCGAGUACAUUGACAAGGGCUACGAUGUGCCCAAGCUGAACAAGUACCUGGAUUGGUUCAAUGUGCUCACCUACGAUUUCCACUCCUCCCACGAGCCCUCGGUCAAUCACCAUGCUCCCUUGUACUCCCUGGAGGAGGACUCUGAAUACAACUAUGACGCCGAGUUGAAUAUUGAUUAUUCCAUUAAAUACUACCUGAAGGCUGGCGCUGAUCGUGACAAGCUUGUCUUGGGCAUCCCCACAUACGGACGAUCCUACACUCUGAUCAACGAGGAGAGCACAGAGCUGGGAGCACCAUCGGAGGGUCCUGGAGAGCAGGGCGAUGCCACACGCGAAAAGGGUUACCUGGCCUACUAUGAGAUCUGUCAGACCCUCAAGGACGACCCCGAGUGGACCGUGGUCCAGCCGAACGCCAAUGUGAUGGGACCCUAUGCCUACAGACGCAACCAGUGGGUGGGCUACGAUGAUGAGGCCAUUGUGCGCAAGAAGGCAGAGUACGUGGUGGCCCAGGGACUGGGAGGCAUCAUGUUCUGGGCCAUUGACAAUGAUGACUUCCGCGGCACCUGCAAUGGAAAACCGUAUCCUCUGAUUGAAGCCGCCAAGGAGGCCAUGGUGGAGGCAUUGGGACUGGGCAUUAAUGAGGUCGCCAAGUCAAGUGGCCCGCAGAAACCUUCAAGAUCUCGCAGUCGCGACAAUGCCAGCACCCGGAAUCGUCUUAAUGGCAAGACCGAAGCACCAGCCAACUCGAGAAGACCUAGUGCACCCCGACGACCAGCCAUAAGCUCCACCACAAGCACGCAGGCACCACCGCCAAGUACCACCUUCAAGCUGACCGAGGCCGAGGGAUCUUCCCUUUACAUUGGAGGCAGAGGAUCCACCACGCCGCCGCCGCCAACCACUCCCGAUCCGGGUUCAGACUUCAAGUGCGAGGAGGAGGGCUUCUUCCAGCAUCCGAGAGACUGCAAGAAGUACUAUUGGUGUUUGGAUAGCGGACCGUCGGGUCUGGGAAUUGUGGCCCACAUGUUCACCUGUCCAUCGGGUCUGUACUUUAAUCCUGCCGCCGAUUCCUGUGAUUUUGCCCGAAAUGUGCCCUGCAAGACCAAAAAAUCAACCACUGCGGCUCCAGUGACCACUAGUACCUCAACCACCACAACAGCGCGACCGAAUCGUGUGACAGCGGCGCCCACGGCCCGUCCAGUCUAUCCGCGACCCACCACUAGCACCAGCACAACGACAACCACAACCACGACAACGCCAGCGGCAAUUGAGGAGGAUCUUGAAUACGAAGAAGAUACCGAUGAGCUGUCGCCGAGCAAGUCAACCGAUGCCGAGGAGGAUCCACAGGUUAUCAAGGAGCUGAUCGAUUUGAUUCGUAAAGUGGGCGGUGUGGAGCAGCUGGAGAAGCAUCUGCUGCGCAACAAGGAUGGUUCCAUCACUUUGAAGGAGAACUCAGCCAGCGGAGCCGCCACCACACCCUCUACCAUUAGUAAAUCACUGUAUGAUCGUGUGCUGAGUCGUCCUGGAACCUUGAGUUCCUUCACCCGCAACCGAUUCAAGAUCAGCGAGGCCACCGAAACCAGCACAGAGGCCAGUUCAUCGAGCAGCACCUCCAGCGGCACAGGCAACAACUACUCCAAGUACUCCUCUGUUCUCAGGGGAAACAGUCGCCAGGGGCCGCAGAACGAGGGCAUUGAAAAGCUUGCCGAGUUCGAUGGCUUCCUGAAGGAGCGCAAGCAAUAUGUGACUAUCAAUCGACAUCGAUCUGCCGGUCAGGGCGAAGAGGAGGAGACCCAGGAACAGCAGGAGGAGGAGCAGCAACUGGCCGAUGUGGCGACCACAACGCGUCGCCCCUUGAGCUCAGUCACGCCCUCCUAUACGAGUCUCAGGCGCACUCGCCCAACAACAGUAGCUCCAGCUGCCGAUCAUUCGCAGGAGGAGGUGGAGGAGCAAACCCAGACGCCGGUGAAGUCCUAUGCCACCUUGAGCCGUACCCGAGGACGUACCACCGCGGCACCAUCAGAGGUCACAGAAGCGUCGCCCAGUUCAACAACUAAUCGGUACAAGUACUUUGAGCGCACGCGACCCACAAAGAGUGCCACCGCCGAGGAUGUCGAGGAUCCUCUCGAAGAGGAGGAGGAGGAAUACGAGGAUGAGGCGCUCAAGGAGCAUGUUACGGUACAGAGCAAACAAACAACAAAUACACGUAAAUAUGCGAGCAUUGGUCGCAGAACCACAACCACAACAGCAACACCAGAAACAACAACAACAACAACCGCCGGCACUGAGACUGCCAAGGCCAGCACCACCAACUCAACCACCACCAACAACAACAACAAGAACCACUACAACAGCAGCAAUAACUACAACAAUGUGAAACUGAAUAACCAAAUACCAACAGAAGAGAGCACCACAACCACUGCAACACCCAGCACCAUCCAACCCGAAACCACAUCCACUACAACCACCACAACUAACGAACCCACUGAACCAAAUGAAAGCACCACCUCAACCACCACCUCAGCCAUUAACAACCUGCAUACCACCACACCCACCACACCACUUGUAGGCUCCACUAUCCCACCAACCUCUGGCCUCGACUCAGACUCCCUGCUAGCCAGCGAGCCGAGCGAGCCUGCCAAUCCCACCCAGCCUCCCCUCAAUCCCGACUCAGCCACAACGACCACCUCAACGGAACCCGAACUGGUCAGCACAACAACCACAACGACGACGACUCCAAAGACCACAACCACAACGACAACAAGCACGGGCAACAGCGAACUGAAUGACGUAGACAACGUGGACAGCGAGAACAGUGAGGUAACAAAAACCAAGACACAGUAUGGCAACAAGUAUGCUACCACCAACCGUCGACGUAUUACCACAACAACAACGAAUAGCAACAGCAACAACAAUGCAGAAGCUGCGAACGAUGCUAGUCCAACAAGAAACGGUUUGAGUAGUUUAAAUAGCUUUAGAACAAACCCGGGCAGAAGGCAACCCACCCAAGAACCCAACCACGAACAGACCACCGUCGAACCGAGUCCCAGUGUCUCUAGUCCCAGACCCUUUGGUUAUCCCCGACGUCGUACACGACCCACAGCCAGCACCAGCACCAGUAGCACAGCACCCCAAACCGACAAUGAUAACAAUACCGAUAACGAUAACUUAAACGUAAACGAUAACAUAAACGAAACCGAUGCCGUUGCGAAGGUAGUGAAGAAGACACGACUAUCCCCAGGGGAUAGGCCCAAGAAUCGUUAUCAAUUGAGCCGCACCAGAGGCACCACCACAACCACACCACCACCAUCGACGUCAACACAAUCCCCGACAGCAGCCAACGCCAGACGAUUGGCCUUUGGGGCCCGUCAGCGCGCCCAGGUAACUAAACUAACCCUAGUCGAGGAGCAGACUGCCGAGGAGACCGAGGCCAAGGCACAGCCCCACGAACCGGUGGAGGAUGAUGCCGCAUCCGUAGCCGAAACAGAGUCCAAUGAAGACAGCACUGAAACUGGAACAACAACGACCACCCGGCCCACACCCAAGCGCAUCCGUGUCCUUAAAUUCCGCAGACCCCUGAAUAGCAAUAGCAAUAGUUCCACCGUAGAUAGCACCACUAAUAGCGCCACUGACACUAACCCAGACACCCAGACCACUGCCACUGCCACACCACCAACCACCACAAGCAACACCAACACCACCGUAGGCACCAACGGCAAGCGUUUCCGCAAGAUUGUGCGAAAGCUGCGACCGGUGGACUCGAGCACCGCCGCCAGUGUGGACAACUCCGAGGAGACCACCCGCAAGCCCUUCGUUCCCAGCCACAGCAGAUUCGUGGACCAAGAGCAGAACCAGACUGACCUAUUGAGUCUCCGGCAACGGCUCAAGGAACAGCAGGCCAAGGGUGAGCCCCAAGAUGGUGUCAUCAGUAGUCGAUUUAAGGCAUCGGGCCAAAAGGAUGACCAGGAGAACGUGUCCGAUCUGCAAAAGUUGAGGGACAAGGUAAAGGCCGAGCAGGCUCGGGGUGAUGGUGACCAGGGCGUGAUCAAUGAUCGCCUGAAAAAGCUGCUGGCGGAGAAAUCCACCGGCACUUCACGACAAGGACAAGAUUCCGCUUCGCCGGCCAGAGACGAUGAGCAGUCCUCGUCCGUGUCCUCACCACGGCCCUUCUUCAAGCGUAAGUUGGUGGCCCGCAGACCCUACACACCGUCCUCGGCGAGUGGCGGAUCACCGGGUACCACAAAGGCACCGCUUGCUUUUAGCACCUCUCGGCCAACGGCAAAGUUUGUGCGCCGCAAGAAUGGCAGAUUCGAUCCAUUCAACUCGAGUGUCCGUAACCGGGGAGAAGGUUUUGUGAGGAGCGACCCACGAGGUGCCAGAUUACCGGGAACCGAUCGCUUCAAGACCCAAGGAAACGAGGAUGACGAAGAGGAGUUGGAGGCACAGCAGGAGCACCCUCUGCAGAAUCAAUUCGGAACCAAUUUGCGCAGACCAUUUGUCCCGAAAACGCGUCCAGUUCUUGAUAAAUCCAAGACUCAGCAGGAAGAUGGAGGCGAGGACAGCGAAGAGGAUGAUGAGGAGGAGGACGAGGAUUCCGAAGAAGAAGGCGACGAGGAGGAGGAUGAGGACGAGGAAACUGGGGAGAAGAAAACGACUGGCGGCGAGGAGAAGCCCUCUGAGGACACGAACACCAACAAACCCAAGUUCAAUUCCCCUUACAGGCCCAAGGAUAACCGCAUGCCACCCGGCAGCCGUCCCAACUUUGGAACCACCGGCAGUGGGGCACCCACCGCACCCGGCAACGUGCCCUUCAAUCCCCGCAACCGACCACCCACCGGACCUGGCAGCUCCAAUACCAACAAUCCACCCAAUCGCUUUGGCAGCACCAAGAGACCACGAGUGGUCAACCGACCGCCAGGUGUGGCCUCACCCAACCUGACCCUGAAGCCGGUGGCCAGUGACUAUGAGCGAACCACUCCACUGACGCCACUGAAACCGGCACCAUUCAUACCCAGCAAUACCAGGAGCUACGAAAGGAAGUACUCGGGACCAUCCACAGAGGCGGCGGAGACCGCCAGCGAGAAUUCGCUGAUCGAGGAUCUAAAUAUCGAUGCACUGAAUGCGAGGAACAAGAAGAUAUUCGACAAGCACAGCAAGAAGCACACCACGCUGAAGCCCAAGGUGUCCAAGGUGGAAACGGAGGCGGGCGUGGGCCUGGGAGCGGAGGUGGAGACCGGAACCGAGGUGGCCACCGAGGAGGAGACCACCUUCAGCGCCGAUCAGGGAUAUGUGACCACCACACCCAGUACACCAGCACCACCACCACCACCAUCACCACCCAGCACACAGUUAGACACAGCCACAGCCACCAAUACAGACACGCCACCAGAAACUGAAACCGAAACUGAACCCGUAACCGAUACCGAGACAGCGACCAAUGCUAAUGAAGCCACUUCCUCCGUCAAUUCACAGGAUCAGCCUAACCACACCACCCAGUCGAGCACCACCCAGGCCCCGCCACCGGCCACCACACUGCUGCACGUGUUCACCCUGAUCGAGGGCGAGGGCGAGGGCGAGGAUGAGCAUACCACCACGCGAAGGCCGGCGGUGAGGCUCCUGCCCACCAUCCAGACGGAGGUGGUGCCCAAGCACAAGGUGGUCGAGAUCAAUCGCAUCGUCGAGAUCAAUUCCAAGCAGGCCAAGGCCGCGCAGCGCAAAUCCAAGGCCAACCAGGACUUUGGUACCCUGCGUGUGGAGUCGCUGCCCCAUGUCGAGCAGCUGGGCGAGAUCAGUGUGGUGAAGUACGUGCACCUGGUGGAUGGCAGCGAUAUACAGAUCAAUGACGGUCACAGCACCGUCGCCGACUACACGCCCACGGAGCCCACGACCCGAGCCAGCGGGCAGAGCAACUCGCCGCCGGUAAGGAAUUCCGUGCCGGAAACGGAAGGCAGCGAUCGGGAUGGCAAAUCCCUGCUGCCCGAGGUCCUAAGCGGAGCUCUGGAAACCUCAACCAUCUCGCUGGAGGGUCUCUUCGACUCGGCUCGAAAGGGCAAGCAGCUGAGCACCAAUAGCAUCUUCGCCGGAGGAGAACUGCCAACGGAGGAGGAGGAGAGCACCACCAUCUUGAGCAGCAGUGCCAGUGCCACGGAGAACGGCGAGAGCACCACCCUGGCACCCACAUACCCGCGCCAGCCAUCAACUGCCAGCGUCGCUGUCUCCCGUCGUCCAGUGCUCAGUGUGCGCCGGCGCAUUAUUAACUCACCAGCGUCGGCGUCGACGGAGGCCACCGCCACCACACAGAGCAUAGAACCAGCCACAGCGACCUCCAAGUAUGGACGACUGCGCAGUCGCCCCUCAGCAGCAGCAGCAGCAGCAGCGACGGCAGCAACAACUACAGGGGCAGCAGGAACCACAACUGUGCCGGCAGCAACAUCUGCUGCUGCUAGCGGCAGAACCAACAACAGUUACCUGAACAAGCUUAAAGCCAAGAGCUCAGCAGCAGCAGCGGCAGGCGCAGGCGCAGGCGCAGCAUCCGGUGAAGCAGCAACGCAAACGCCAACAACCAGCAGCAGCAGCAGCAGCAGCAAUGACAUCACACAAAAGCAGCACAAGUUUCAGCCAGCAAGCUUUGCGCUGCGACGCCAAUUCCAAACGCGGCGGCUGACAACCUUCGCGCCGGCGACCAAUGGCGAUGAGAGCGCCACCGAAGUGCCACGAACCCAGAAUCCACUUUUCAAACGCCGCCUGACCCUGAUAUCCACCACACCACCAUCGGCCCGCACCACCUUCCUGCCCAGCUCCUCGGCCCUGGAGACCACCACCAGCCUCUAUCUGAGCGAUGACGAUGAGGACCAGGUGGCCAAGUCCAGUAUCCAUACGAGCCGCUUUAAUCAGAUACCCGAGCAGGUGCGAUCCCGCGAGGAGUACGAGUUGCCAUCGCCACCAGUAGGAGCAGCAGCACACCUGCUUAGUCCAGCUAACACCACCCAUGCACCACAGCCUGCUUUGCCGGCCAUCAAUCAGGGCAUUCGUCGCCAGCUGAUACCACGUCCACGUCGCCCGCAAUCCACGACAGCACAGCCAGCAUCUAGCACUGCCUCGGUCUGGUCAUCGUCAUCCUCAUUGCCAGGACACUCGGCUCCGCCACUGUCACGUCGCCAGCAGAGUCGCCGUCGUCCCCACAAGUACAUCGAGGUGUACAGUCGUCCGCCCAGCAAAUCCGCCGUACUCACUGCCACCUCGAGCAGCCAGCUCCUGGAUGAGGGUCAGGGACAGCCACAGGUUAACCAGGUGGCACAGCGACGACGAAGCGGUAGCAUUGGACCCGCAAAGAGUGAUCCCAAGGUCAUUGUCCAUGGACGUGGCAUCAUUGAGUGCCGGGCGCAGGGUAACUUUCCGCAUCCCCUCAAUUGCCGGAAAUUCAUAUCCUGUGCACGCUUCGAGGAAACCGGCGGCAUUGUGGGAUGGGAGUACACCUGUCCCAAGGGACUCACCUACGACGGAGUCGGUGGGAUGUGCACCUGGUCGCCAUCGGAUCAGCCCUGCCGGGACUAGACUGAAAAAACCAUGAACCCAUUAGCCUAUCCAGUACCAUUUUCAUUACCAUUAUCCUAUUACCUUUACCAUUACCAUGUUGUAAAUGCUUUUUUUCCAAUUUGUGAUUAGUUCCGAUGAGGUGGAAUCCGACGAGAAGGAGGAGGAAGAGUUAAAUUUCUACGUUAAUUACUCUUAUUUAAGCAUAGUGAUAUCUCAACCCAAUUUUUUUGCGCCUGCCAACUCAGCGAGUAAGCGAAAUUUUGUCUGUAUAAUAUGUAAACCCCUCGGAGGCCCCACUUCCAUAUAUAUAUCGCCAUAUAUA